AUGAGUCUUUCUCACCUUUUCAUCAAUUACCUUUCUAUCAACAAAUCUCAACCUAUAAACCUGAUGAUUCUACUCUUACCUUCCAUAUUCAUGAUUCAAAGAAACGAUUCAGAGACUCCACAAACGAAUCCAAAUGACUUCAACCACCACACAAAAUCAAACUCUCAAAUCAAUCCAAUCUUCUUGACCCGUCCAUUCUCCAUCUCCACCAUUCUCAACAAUCCGAAAUCGGUCAUAUUCCUACAAAUCGAUCAAAGUCAUCCUACAAAUGUGGCGGAUCUGUGUUUUUGUGGGGUGGUGGUGGUCGGAGCUAAAACUCAAACUACGAUUGUUAUGUUUUUUGGUGAUGGAUUUUUCGUCGGUGUCAGUGAUUAUUCUGAGUCUGAAAGGUACUCUUCCAAGAAGCAUCAAAGCGUAUAUACCUAA